GCGGUGCGCGCAGGCCACCCCUUUUCCAUGCGCCGCGUUGCGGUGGCCGCCGGGAUAGUGGAGGGCAGUCUCGGUCCUCCGGCUUCUUCAGUCUUUCCGCUGGCUUAACUGGCCGCGUUUUCUCUCGGCCGCGGUCUUUCUCUCUCCGUGUCCCCCCCUCCUCUCAAACACACUCCGCCCGCUCACGGUUGCGCUGUCGGGGGUUUCUGGUGAAGUCUGUGCUGCGUGAUAUGGCUCGAUGAUCGAGGAGGGAAUGUGUGCCAGGAAAGAGGCCGGCCUCCUGCUCCUGCCCUUGUUUGAGACUGAGGGACCGUCCCAGGCUGCACUCUCCACUGUACCAGGCUGCCGUGCUGACACUGUGUUACAGAGGAGGAUGGGAAAGAGGCGGUGCCUUCAAGUGGAGCCAACGCUCGAGCAGAAGAUAGCAGCGGGCUGCUGUGGAGUGAAGAAGCCCAAGUUAUCGGGCAGCAAUGUUCACAAUCAGCUGAACCACCCCGGCACGGGCCUAGGCUGUGGCUCGGUGCCUGGCCUGCAGUCUGGAACAGCCCUGGGGAAUCAUCACAACCACAGCCAGAACCACAACUACAGCCAGAACCAUUGCGAGAGGAACAACCGGGAGAGCAAUGGGAACCUGAACUCCUUGAACUCUGCACUCAGCCCUGUGACUGGGCUGACCACAGUGGGAAACCGUCCGAACGGAACUGGGCUCAGUGGAACCAGUGGAGUGAAUGUGAGGAACUUGGUGGUGACCGCAGAGAUGUGCUGCUACUGCUUUGAUGUGUUGUACUGUCAUCUGUACGGAUUCCCACUGCCCCGAUCACCCAGGUUCACCAAUGACCCAUACCCAUUGUUUGUAACGUGGAAGAUGGGCCGAGAUAAACGUUUGCGAGGCUGCAUUGGGACCUUCUCUGCCAUGAACCUCCAUUCAGGACUCAGGGAAUACACACUUACCAGUGCUCUUAAGGACAGCCGCUUCCCCCCGCUGACUCGUGAGGAACUUCCCAAACUCUUCUGCUCUGUUUCGCUGCUCACUAAUUUCGAAGAUGCCAGUGAUUACCUGGACUGGGAGGUGGGAGUACAUGGGAUUCGGAUAGAGUUUGUGAAUGAAAAGGGAGCAAAACGCACAGCAACAUACUUACCAGAAGUGGCCAAGGAACAGGACUGGGACCAGAUUCAGACCAUAGACUCUCUUCUGAGAAAAGGUGGUUAUAAAGCUCCAAUCACAAACGAGUUUAGGAAAGCAAUCAAGCUGACCAGGUACCGCAGUGAGAAAGUAACAAUCAGCUACACUGAGUACAUGGCAUCUCGACAGCACUAUUUCCAGAAUGGCACUCUCCAUGCCCCACCUCUCUACAAUCAUUACUCCUGACAACAGGCUGCAGGACCAAUCACGGGACUCCACCUACGACCUGAUCGGGGCUGAUGCCUCCACUUCCUGGUCUAGUUACUUUUACUACUGCACUAUUUUAUGAUGCUAGCUUCCGUUGCCAAGCAAGCCUUCGGUCAGCGCUACCUCAGACAGACUUGGCAACGGAACGCUGCAGCAAAACAGUAGAAUAUCGUUGGGGAACGGGGAGGGAUUUCUAACAAAUCUUGUUUCUGUUUCUACACUUGUUUACCUAUGUUUGCCUUACUUUGGUAACUUGCAGGUCUCCAGUUAUGAACUGCAGGUUUUAGUACUGAAACCAUUGAUGUGUGUAGGGUGCUCAGGCUCUUUGAUAAUGGACAACGUUUCCACUAAGUUACUAUUUUCAGUCGUGUCUCCCUGUGUCACAUGGCUUGCAGUUUUCAUGUGGGCCAAGACUCCUCAAAACGCAGGUGAAGGUUGAGGAAAAGUCCUGUGUAACAAAAACUUCACUUUGACAUAGCAGUGGUCUGCCAAUGUGGUGCAACUGAAAAUAGAGUCAGGACCGAAACGUUUUCCCUUGUUAUUUACCAAGUCUUGUCCCCUCCCCCGGCCCCGGCCCCCGUUACACAAGUAUUACCUUGAAGCAAGUAACAGUUGUGCAAGGUUGCCAAGUGCCCAACUGGCCGAAGCGGUUACUUGUCAUGUGUCUGCCAGUCAUGUAGAUACCAAGUGUAGUUGCUGGAUUUCUCUGCACAUUAUCCAAGAGUACAGCACAGUCCCAAAACCAGCGGUCACUCUGGCAAUCAUCUGGUUAGCUUUUAAUCAACAGUAUUGGAGGGGCACUAAAAUCUAGUAAGAUUUUGUUUUCCUUUGGCCUCAUUUGCUACUUGUAUAUCUAUAGCCCAAACGUAUACAUUUUGUGAAUGAAAACCCUUUGAUAAAGUGAAUUGUAUUUA